AUGUCAGCUGAGCUUUUUGAUCGAAAUUUUGGUUAUCAAUGUCCAGAAGAACUGGAGGGGUCUUUGGAUCUUCAGGUAAAAUGCCAUUCGGAAUUUUGUUUUUUAAAGCAAUGAACGUGUUUUUCCAGAAUGGCUGCGCUAAUUGUUGUAAAUUCAACAGAUGGGGAACAUUAGUAGCAGUUGGAAGUACCGACGGAAGAGUUUACAUUUUUGAUUUCAUCACGAAAGGUAUGGUGAAGGUAAGAGCCGGGUUUUCCUCUCAGAGCCCCCAAAUGACUUUCUCAGUCGUGGCCGGCGCACGCGUUGCCUGUUUCUGCGCUGUGUUGGUCUCGCGACGGUCGGAAACUUCUGUCGGCCUCCGCAGACACGACGAUCGCCAUUUGGGACGUCCUCAGCGGCGCCGCUCUCCACAAGAUAAAGUUCGCUUCGAUGGUCACCUACGCGGCGUUCAAUCCCCGGUUUGUUCCCAAUGUUUUUGCUCUGAAAUAGGCUUUGAUAAAAUUCUCGGCUUUUUCAAUGAUGCCGAAAAAUUUAAAGAUUUAUGCUUCUUCCAACAACUCAGAAUUCUCUUAAUUGAGUAUAGAAUUCGAAAAGAUUUUCUAUAAAUAAUUGUGGUCUUAAGUAGCUUUUCAAAACGGGGUCGCAUCGAUUGAUUGAAAUAUUUUCAGAGACGACAACAAAUUCAUCGUUCUGCAAGUAGCGUUUCCUCCCACUGUGGAACAUCUGCAGCCGCGAGCGCAAAGGUUUCUGCUUAUUCAUCUUCAAAAACCUUCCGGUUCUUUUGUCAAUCUCACGCUUUCAAAUCCAUUUUACACUGUUGAAUAAAUUUACGUUUUAUCGGUGUCUAUAAGUUUCAGAGUGCUGACAAACGACAUUCCCGGCGCCAACGACGACUCGGUCAGCUGCAUGUCUUACGACAGAAAGGCCAAGUUCAUAAUAACCGGCACGGCCAAGGGCAAGAUCAUCAUCUACGACGCGACGACCUACCGCUGUGUGUCCUGGUGCCGACAGAACAGUCUCCAGCAGGUUCCAAUCAUUUCGGUGUUUUUCCUUAGAUUCUUCUCCAGAUCCGCCAAAUUCACGUACCUCUCAAAAGUCGCAAUGUGCUGACCAAUUCUCAAGACAGAAUAAUCAGAACAUACUCGUGAGUUAUUUUGACUUUUUUCUGAAAACGCCGGUUUUGAGGUUGGAAGAUUUGCUCAAAUGUCAAAACGGGUCAACUGUGGAACCUAAAUAUAAGGUCCAAGACAUGGUCAACAAGGUAAAAGUUCUGUGGGACUUCGCUUGGUUCGAAAAGAAUGUUUAGACCGCCUGGAAGUCGAUUUGCACCGACAGCGACGGCGUUUUCACUUGCGGGGCCUCUUCGAAAAAUCACUCGCUUUACAUUUGGGAAGCCUGUACCGGUUCGCUCAUCAAGAUUUUACACGGAACGAAGGUGAGAAAGGGGGUUUCCGAGCGAAAGUUAGCAUGGGAAUUUCCCACCCGAUUUACAGUUGUGAAGUGAAUCAAGCGAAUUUCAGGGCGAGUCACUUCUCGAUGUUCAAUGGCAUCCUUCCAGGCCGGUGGUCCUUUCUGUGGCUCAAGGCGUCGUAUCUCUGUGGACCCAGGUUUUUUUCAAAUAAAAAUUAUAUAAUCGAAAAUUAGAAGUAUCAUUAAAAAAAUAUUUUCUAAAAAAAUUUUUUUUGUGCUCUAAUAUUUUUGCAAAUAUUGGCUUACUACUUAGUUACAUUAUUCGAGCUUACUGUUAAAUUUUUCCCAAGUUUCUGAUGCAUUUUCUUCGAGGUUGUCGAAAAAUCGAGUUUUUUUAUCACUUACCUAAGCUCUUGUGCUUUCUUUCAUUCAUUUGUUCUCCACGAGGGCUUUUUAUUGUGAUUGAAGGUUUUAGUGUACUUAUUAUUAAGGCACACGUAGAAAAUUGGUCGGCGUUUGCUCCGGAGUUCCGAGAGUUGGAGGAAAACGGAAAAUAUGAAGAGAAAGAGGAGGAGUUCGACAUGGAGGACGAAGACGCAGACGACGGCGCCAAUACUAACGACCAGGUGAGACCGAGGCUUUGGCCCGACUACCGGAGGCUCAGGACGGCGAGGAGGACGAGAUCGACGUCGUCACUCUGCAGCCCGAAGAGUUCAUGGCCAGCUCCGACGAGGUUCUCCAGUCGUUUAGUUAGCAAGAAUCAGUCGAAGUCCUUCCAUUAACGGAAAACUUUCAGAUCCAGAAAAUGAGAAUUGUAGUAAAUACAAAAAAAAAAACUUCUUUACCAUAAUCUAACAAGCUUAUCACAGAGAACCCUAAAAAAUUUUUGUUAAAGCUUUCGAGGUUUAGAUUAUCCUCUGUAUGAUUGAUUCAAAAAUGGAAUUUCCAGGAAAAAAAACGGGAUUAAAUUUUUUUAAAAAAAGUAUUAAAUUGCUUUUACCACGCACUACGCGGUUCUUGGCACGAGUUCAAUUUAUCCGCCAGCGACUAUUUGGACAGCACGUCUAUAGUUCUUUUUGUUUCUUUUUUAAUUAUUACUUGAUUUUUUUUCCAUUUGUGAGUUGAAAAAUAGUAGAAUAGAUACAAAAAGAGCGGUGACCAAGCUUUUUAAAUAAGCGGUUGAAUUGAACUCCUUCCAAGAACUGCGUACGCUUCUCUCCCACUUUUUCGCCUCCCUCGCCUUUCAAGUCGGGAUGGAUUGACUAUAUCAAAAAGAGAAAUCACAGUUUUCUGAGAAAAUAAAGCAAACAAAAUUUUGAAAAAAACUAAUAAACUAGGGAGGGUGAAAAACGUUCCCUAGUUAAGUUUUUUAACAAUAUAGUUAAGUUGUCUUAUUAAAAUAUUAGGAGAAAAGGUGAACUGAAUGUCAAGUUGAGUGAAAGUGAACCAGUUGUACUCAUAAAGAAAGGAUCGCAAGCUAAAUUCAAUUAUAAAGCUUUUUGGAAACCUAUAACACGUUUUAUUUCGAGAAUAAAUACCCGAAAUUGACUCAUGAAUACCUUAAUGAACUAUUUUCUGACUUUCCUGCAUACGACUUCUUUAUUCGAUUGAAUAGAUUAUUUAAUUCCAAAUCUUGUUUUGGCAUCGAAGUAUAUAGAAGUAUGAAAGAGAAAAAACUCAGGAAGAUGUCGCCCAGUUCAUUCCGGACGCAACUCUCAAGUCGGGUCCGCUCUGGUUCAUUCCUCUCGCCCCUGAAAUCGAGAAUCCUGAAAGCAUUGGCCUAGGUUUCCCUUUUUCAAGUUCAAAUCUACUAAAGUAAAUUUUGAGCUCUUCAUUUGAUACAGUACAUUUUUUCACGUCAUUCUCAAGUCUUAGUGUUUUUUUUUUAACACGAAGAUUAUUGCAGACAAAAGACCAACCAAUGAAGUUGAGGAGGAAAAAACGGGAGUUGCGCCAGCGGGCAACAAGGCGCCCAAAGGCCGAAAACCAAAAUGA